UGAGAUGUCUAAACUAGGAGAAUGGUCAGAAGGGUGGACAAAGGGCAGAACACCGUUCCACCGGACAUACGUUCACAAGUCAUUGCUAGAAUUUCAGAGCAAACUCCUGGUGAAGAAGCCUAGUCGGGUGCUUGUUCCGCUAUGUGGGAAAACAUUGGAUAUGAGAUGGCUUGCUGAAGAAGGUCAUGAGGUUGUUGGAGUAGAAGGUGUUCUCCAAGCUGUCAUGGAAUUCUUUCAAGAACAAGAUCUCUCCUACAAAGAAAGUGAUAUCCCUGGGGUUAAAGAUGGCAAACUAUUUGAGAAUGAGGACAAGAAGAUAAAAAUAUACCUGUGUGACUUCUUUAAAUUCUCAAAAGAUUUUGCUGGUCAGUUUGAUGCUAUUUGGGACCGAGGUUCUCUUGUUGCUGUCGAUCCCUCAUUACAACAGCAAUAUACAGACGUCCUUCUCUCAGUACUAUCCCCAGGAGGGCGCAUUCUGAAUGAGGUGUAUGAGUACAGCCGAGAGGAAAAACCAAAAGGUUCUCCCAAUACAGUGCCUGAUGAAGUUAUACAAAAGUUAUAUGGAGAGAAAUUUUCCAUCGAGCUUUUAGCAGACAAUGAUCACAUGAACCAGCAUUUCAAAGACCAAGGGCUGACAUGGAUGAGACAGCAUGUACGCAUCAUGACCCUCAAAUAACUUCAUUCUUAGCCAAACUCUGUCAUCGAAGUUAUUUGUUAUCAAAUCAAAGAGUCAAUGUUGACUUUUAUUCAUUGAUAAGAAGAUAAAGCACAUAUUCAUAAAUUUAUUAAUUUGUAUCAUUCUAUUAUAUUUUUCUAUGCAUUUAUGUAUUAAUUCAUUUUGCUUAUAUUUUGUGAUUUAAAUUUACUUAUUUAAUGAUUAAUUUAUUAAUGUAGUCUAUCAUUCUUUUUCUGUCAAAGUGAUUUACCAAUCAAUGUAUUUACUUGCAUGAUAUAUCAAAUAUGUAAAUUAUCAGUAAUGCAUGGGAAAUGUAUUAUAAUGUUUGUAGUAUAUUUCAAAUCUGUGAUAUUUGAUCAUUAGACAUUUAUAAGCUUUUUAAAUAUUUCAUUUUUACAUCUAUAGGAAUAGGUCUUGCAUAACAGCAGUUUAAGUUGUACAUACAUGAUGUGUGAAAUUAUAUAGCAAAAAAUAAACAGCUUUCACUUUAUUUGUGAUACACAACUGAUAAUAUUCAAAAUGGCAAAAAGAAGCUGCUGAAAACUGCUUAUCUAAUAAAAGAGAGCCAAUGGAGUAAAUUAGAAAGUCAAAAAGGAGCCUAAGCUUUCGAUCCUAGCAGAAUCUUCGUCGGAGGCAAAAUGACAAACAUAUAAAGUGGAACAACCAUAAUAUAGACCACAAACAAGCUACAGCAACACUAGAAACAAGGAGACAAAAGGGGCAACAUCAAACAGGAUCUGGAACAAAACAGUGAUAAUGGGAUGAAAAACAAGAGAAUUAGUGAGAGGUGGGUCAAACAGGUUACAAAGAAAGGCUUAAUAAACUGGUUCAUAAGAGUGGGGGGGGGGAAAGGAAAAGAAUGGGGAACAACUGAUAAUGUGCAAAAGACAUAAAAGUAUAUAUGAUAAAGCAUUAAACAAACUAAGAGAAGAAGGUAAGUGUAAAUAUGUAUCUAUAAGUGAUAUGUAUAUAAAUAUCAUCCCAUUAUCACUGUUUUGUUCCAGAUCCUGUUUGAUGUUGCUUGCCUCAUUAUUUUAAUCCCUCUUGGCUUGAGGUCUUUUACUGGCCUUACUUACACUAACUUCCCUUUGUGUCUGCCUACUCCUUUUCUUUCAUCCCCUUCACUAACCUGAUUGGUCUUCUCUACUCACUAAUGCCCCUUUUGUCUCCUUGUUUCUAGUGUUGCUGUAGCUUGUUUGUGGUCUAUAUUAUGGUUGUUCCACUUUAUAUGUUUGUCAUUUUGCCUCCGACGAAGAUUCUGCUAGGAUCGAAAGCUUAGGCCCCUUUUCGACUUUCUAAUAUUCAAAAUGAUAAUAUUCCAUAUAAAUUUAAUUAUAAAUAAUCUAUGGUGCAAAAUUACUUCCUGAAUUCAAAUUUCUUUGUUGCAUUUACAUUUACAUGUAUCCAGGAAGAUUCGUAAAUUUCAUUUUCACAUCUGAUGGCAGAACUCUGCCUAAGAGAACACUCCUCUAUCCCCAUUCCCCAAUUAUUGUCAAAUAUAAAAGUGAGAAUAAUGCAAAAUUAAAAAAGGGGUAGGGUAUUAAAAGUAUAAUGUCAGAGUCAGUUUGGUUUUAUUUUAUAACUUAUCUUAUUUUUGUGCUUAAUUUAGCUCCAUAUAAUCUUGAAAAAAUGAACAUCUCUUAUAUUUCUUACUUUGUUUAAGCUACACUGCUAGGACUGCACACAACAGACAUAGUUGUCUACAUGCAAUACAAUUAUAAUGGAAUUUGUAUCUUGAAUAUGAAGAUAGUUAGAGAUAAUAUGUGCUUAUAUUAUUUGUCAACUGUCAAAUCGUUACAGCUAUUACUAUCCCUUCUUAUCCAAAGAAAAUGUAUUGAAUUUUGAAUUUUAGUAGUCUUUAUGUGAGAAAUAAUUACUGGCAUUUUAUCAAAACAAAAACUGAUUUCUUUUGAGAUCUUAUAUAAAAACCACUUUUUGAGCAUGAAAUUAGCUGAAAUUAACUAGUACAUGAUAUAAUUGUAAGUUCUGAUAUGCAAUCAAUAAAUUGAUAUGAAACAUAUGUUAGUGUUAAGUGUGCCUUUUUGUAAUGAAGAAAAAGAAACAUAUAAGAAAGAAAGGAUGCUAGACAUUCUCAUUUGUAAAAUUCACAUUAAUAUAAAUUAUCAACAGUCACUACACUUCUGUAACCUUGGAGUGUUUGAUGAUACCCCUGUAAAAAAAAUCACAUUGUUGUAUGUAUGUUUACAAAUGUUUUUGAAGCGCUUUCACUGAGAGUUGUGUGAUAAAAAUGUCAGACUUAUGGAUUUUAAAGUUUUAAUUUUGUGAUAUCAUAUGCUAGCAGCUCCAUAAUAUAUUAUGUGACAAAGUCCACGAAUUGUAUUUUUUCAUAAAAUUGAAAACGAUUUUAUCUGUGCACUCAAUGUAUCAGAAAUAUUGUGUACAUGCUCUAAAAAAGACAAAUAGUUUUCAUGAACCAUUUAGGAGUAUUAUAAUGUAGAUGUGUAUAGUGGUUUAUAUAUUUUCUUAUGAUUAAAGUGAUCUACCUUUUGAAAAUGA